AUGCGCUCCUACGGCCGCCUCGCGGCCUGUUCGGGCUUCCUGGAGCGCCUCGUCCGGGAGCACGCCGACUGGACGGCGCGCGCGAAGCAGGCCUUCGCCCUCAUGGACCUCGUGCACGACCCGCGGCGGCGCCUGCGCGUCGUGUCGCAGACGCUGCCCGGCGCCUGCCGCCGGGGCUUUGCGGUGACGGCGCUCGCGGCGCGGCGCGACGGCGCGCGGCGCGGCGACGAGACGACGCUCCUCGCCGUCGACGCCGCGGGCGAGGCGGCCAUCGCGUCCUGGUGGUCCUGCGACGACCGCACGGCCGAGGACGAGGUCGUCGGCGCGCGCGGCGGCGGCGCCGCGCGGCUGCCGUCCUGGAGCCCGAACUGGUGGCGCCUCUUCGACACGCGCGCGCGCGGCCGGUCGAACCGCGUGCGCUUCUCCGAGCUCAUCUGGGGCGAGGACGCGGGCUACGGCGUCACGGCCUUCACCUGCGGCUACGACGGUCUCGCCUUCGGCGUCUUUCUUACAGUUCCUUUUCCGACGAGCGAGCCCGUCGCAGGCAAGGUGCGGCGCCACGCGGUGAGCGACGGCACGUUCCGCAUCCUCGGCGCGCGGCCCCUCUUCGACGUCGGCGGCCCGGGGGGCACGCCCGCGUGGUCCGUCGCGGCGUCGCCCGGCCUGCCGCACCUCCUCGCGGCCGUGGGCAACGGCGCGGUCGAGCUCCGCGACGUGCGCGCGCCGGGCAGCAAAAGGGUGAUUCAACGUCGCUUCAACGUGCGCGCGCCGGACCGCGUGCGGGGGUUGCGCGUCGGCGCGCACGCCGCCGGCGGCCGCGUCGUGUCGCGGAGCGUCGCGCUGUCCGCGCCGUUCCUCGCCGCGGGCGCCGCCGACGGCGUCGCGCGCGUCUGGGACCUGCGCAAGGCGCCGCGCGACGACCCGCGCCAGCGGCCGCUGCUGCGCGUCGCGUUCGCGCGCGACGGCGCGCGGCUCCUCACGGCCUGCUACGACGGCACGGCGUCGGCCUGGGCCGUGUCCGGCCCGCCGGCGCCCCGCGAGGUCAUCGCGGACCACCGGGGCCACGCCGUCGAGCGCAUCGCCGUCGACGGCGACGCGACGCUCGCGUCCGUCGACUUCACGGGCUGCCUCAAGCUGUCGCGCCUCGACGAGGCCAAGGUCGCCGUGCGCCAUCUGGACGUGGACGGCGACGCGGGCUCGCCGACCUGCGUCGCGGCGCCGAGCUUCGACGAGCCCGCCGCGGCGGUCGCGCUGCGCCCGGAGCCGGACCUGCCGAAGACGCGCGCGCUGGCCCUGGCGACGGGCUCCCUCGCGUCGCUGAGCGUCCUCGCCCUCGGCCACUGCGACGGCACGGUGUCGACCGUGGCCCUCCCCUUCGCCGGCCCGUCGUUCCGCAAGCGCGAGGCCGAGCUCCGCCGCAAGGUGCCCGCGGGCCACGUCUGGGACGGCGCGCGACGUCGACAAAAGAGUGCACUGCACACGAUGGUCCACAAGAUCAUCCUCGCGCUCGCGCUCUGCGGCGCCGACGCGUUCGUGCCGGCCGGCCUAUCUGCGCCAUCCAGCGCGCUCAGCGUCGCGACGCUCGAGAAGGCGGAGGCGAAGACCGCCGCGUGGCCUGCCAAAACCGCGGCGUGGCGCGCGGCCUGCGACGCCUCGGGCGUCGUGUCCUACGCCGACUUCGGCAUCAGGGUCGGCGCCGUCGAGGAGGUCGCGCCGGCGCCGCGCGUCGUCGUCGCCGCGGGCGAGCCCAUGAUGAAGCGGCUCGGCGUCUACGAGGCGGACGAGGACGCGCUCCUCGCCGCGUCGACGUUCCCGCUGGCGCCCGACGCGCUCAUCGCGCGCUGCAAGGAGGUGCUGGGCCCGGAGAUCGGCGUCGGCACGAAGGACGGCGGCGCGUGCCUCGCGGAGGACUUCGAGUUCUGCGCGGCCGUCGUCGGACCGAUCGGCAAGGAGGCGUACCUCGAGGCGCUGGGGACGUUCCAGCUCGAGGACGCGUUCCCGGACCUCGACCCCAAGUACCACCUGUUCCGCGUCGACCCCUUCGACGAGGGCCGCGUCUGGUUCCACUCGCGGUCGUCCGCGACGCACACGGAGCCCCUCAUGGGCAAGCCGGCGACGGGCAAAAAGCUCGAGCUGCCGCCCCAGUGCUUCCACAUCGACUUCACGGCCGAGGGCCUCGUCAAGGAGAUCGGCUUCUACGUCAUCGACCGCCGCGUCGGCAACACGGGCGGCCUCGGCGGCGCGUUCGCCUUCUUCUACGGCACGGGCAACCCGCUGCCCAUCCCGGAGUGCCAGCCCUACAAGCCGAGCAAGCGCUUCCGUCUCCUCAACUUCGUCGGCAAGCUGGGCGCGAAGUUCGCGAAGAAGGAGUAG